ACUCUAACCGCUAAAUUAUCAGCAGAAUAGAGAAUGAGAGAGAGAGAGAGCAUGGCUGGUAAGGAGGACGAUGUGCAAACUCCCGUUGGUGAGCAACAAGAGCAGACUUCGACUGAGAGAAAAAACAUUGGUGGUAAGAAGGACGAUGUGGUGAUUCCCGUUUGUGAGCAACAAGAGCAGACUUCGACUGAGAGAAAAAACAUUGGUGGUAAGAGGGACGAUGUGGUGAUUCCCGUUGGCGAGCAACAAGAGCAGACUUCGACUGAGAGAAAAAACAUUGGUGGUAAGAAGGACGAUGUGGUGAUUCCCGUUUGUGAGCAACAACAAGAACAGAAUCCGAUUGAGAGAGCACGGAUGGUGAGAAACUUGUUUGAUAGACCAUCAAACAUGUUCAAGCAGGGCAGUGUGGACACUCCAUUUCAUGAUCAACAAGAGCAGCCUUCGACUCAUCAGCAACCGAGUUCUAGCAUUGAGCUGCAAACUGCUGAAGAAGCACUGUUAAGAUGCCUUGAUAAUGCCGUAAACAAAAUUAAAAAAAUUAAAAAAAAUGCUCAGGGCUCACAGACGAAGAUAGUCAAGAUACAAAAGAUUCCAGACUUCAUCCGGAGAAAAAAGAUAUCUAACGAGGAUUACAUUCAGCCAAAUGAGAUUGCAAUCGGUCCUAUUCAUCAUGGUGAUACCAGCGGGCAGUUGACAAAAACUAAUCUCAAGCAUAAGUUGGCGGCUAGAUUUAUUCAUGAGAGCGGCAAAACUGGGGAGGCUUUGCUGAAAGAAUUCAAGCAUAAAUCCAAUAAGUAUCGGGAACUAAAGAAAAUCUUCGAAAAAAAGGUAGCACGUAAACAUGAGAAACACAAACUGGGGACGAUGUUGUUUUUAGAUGGGUGUUCAGUACUCCAAUUUAUAGAUAGCUAUGUUAAUAAUAGCAUAUUAGAGUGUGAUAAUAAUAUUAGCAUUUGCCAAGUAGAAGAGAUUCGUCAUGAUUUGUUGUUGCUGGAGAAUCAAAUUCCCUUUAAAGCACUCGUGAUAUUGAUGAGGUCGAGUAACAAAAGGGUUAAAUUGGCAGAAAGCGUCUAUCGUUUUAUUUCUAUGAACAUUAUGGCACCGGAAUCAUGUUACGAGGAACGGCUCAAACAGAACAUAAGCAAUAUACCGAAACAACUUUUUGAAGGUAAUAACGUGCCUGUUCAUCUUCUUGACCUUCUCAGAUCAGAGCUCUUAUUUACUGAACUGACUCAUCGGUCUGAGGAGCACUCACCACCAAAACAAGAAAAAGAAGAGGGUGGAGACUCUGCUAAUUUGCUUUCCUCCUACUACAAACGGUCGUAUCGCAACGUUCAAGAUCUCAAGGAAGUUGGCAUAGUGUUAAAGCCUGACUAUUCUAAGGGCCUCAGAUCUGUAUCUUUCUCAUCUCCAUUAUUUAAUUUUGGUCAACUUAAGCUUCCACCCUUGAUUGUGGACGAGUCAACGAAACAAAAGUUGUUGAACCUGGUUGCUUAUGAAAUGUGCCCCGGUGGUAACAAUAAGAAAAACUACGCUGUGAGUUCUUAUUUGAGGUUGUUGAAUUCACUCAUUGACAGUGAACAAGAUGUUAAAGACCUGAGAUCAGCACACAUACUUCGAAAUCAUCUUGGUAGCGACCAAGAAGUAGCUGAAUUGUUCAACACUUUUGGCAGCAUUUUGGUGCCCCAUGAUGCUUAUUCCAGUGUCAAAAAGGACAUACAAAAGUACUACGACAAUAAGAUCGUUUCUUGGAAUGCUCAGUUCUGUAGACAAUAUUGUAGAAAUCCAUGGACUAUCUUGGCUCUUUUGGCUGCACUGGCGGCAUUUAUAUUAACAGGGAUUCAGACUUAUUACUCUGCCAACCCUAAACAUGAGUGAGGAAUAUUGGCUGCUACCAGAACAACAAAGAAUAGUAUUCCUGGAAGAUGAAAACUUACUCAUCUUCAGGUUACUCAUUUUAUUAAUGAAGCAUAUAUAUAUAUAUAUAUAUAUAGUUGUAUUAUUCAAUAAUAGUUUCGCAACUAUUAAAAAUCUUUUGCUUUUCUCAAUAAAUAAAGAAUAAUUGGAUUGUAUUUUUUGUUCAAACACAUAAUUGUUAAAGUGUAGCUUAGGUGUUGAUCAUUUGAGCUAUUGUUUGCUUUUGACAGUCUUGUAGUUUGUUUUAUCUGUUUUAGGU